UGAUGAGCUUCAGUGAGUCUUCGCUGUGUUUUUUGAUCAAAUAGUUUCCUUAUUAWUGGCAUAAUGUAGUCGAUGGUGAUUAUACACGAUUGUGUAAGCUUUUAUUCCCAGUAGAUGUAUUAGAGUCAAGAUCAUGGCAGACUCGGAUGUUGACGUUGAAGCUGAUGAUGGGACUCUCAGUGAUGAAGCUUCAGUGUAYGAAUCAUGUACUGACAGUAAUGACAACAGUGAUGAUGACCAGGACGAAGAAAGCAAUGAUGAUGAUGACGAUGAUGAUGAUGAUGGUGAUGAGCAACAUGAACAGACAGAGGAUAAUGACCUUGAUGUAUCAUUAAAUGAUGAUGAUGAUAACCCUAACUCAAGCCAGUGUCCUGUUUGUCUCAUGACUCUUACUGGUCAACAGCUUGGUACACCUAAUAAUUGUGAUCAUGUCUUCUGUUUUCUCUGCAUCUCUGAAUGGUCUAAGAAUUCCAAUACUUGCCCAGUGGACAGAACAAAGUUUGAUGAAAUUCUAGUUCACACAACUAAGAAAGGACCAGUUAUUAAAAGGGUCAAGGUUGAAGAUAAAAAAGUUCUCACUGAUCAAGACUGGGAACAGGCACCAACAUACUGUGAGACAAGUCUUGAUGAGGGUGUUCCUGUAGCUGACUUGAUAUCAUCGUCAUCAGAAUCAAAGAAUUCUUCCCUAGAUCAUUCACCAGAGCAAUCACGUGAACAACAAUCACGUGAUCAUGGUCAUGUGGCUGAGAGAUCACGUGAUCUCUCGCAUGACGAUUUGCGUAAACAUUUGUCUGAACUUUCACGUCAUCGAGUUCACAAUCCACGUGAUUAUUCACGUGAUAGAUCACACAUUUCACGUGACUCUGGAGACUUCUCAUUUGGUCAUCCACGUAAAUAUAAAAGUGAUGAUCCGAUGAAGGAUUUUUCACGCGAUAACUCACGACAUUCACGUGACACUAUGGAUUUUAAACGUAAAUAUAAAGGCAAUAAUUCACGAUCUACACGUGAUUUGAAGGAUUUUUCACGUGAUCAUUCACGAGAUUUCUCAAAAGGUCAUUCUAGUGGUCAGCCAUCACGCAUCUCUCCUUCAUUGCGUGGAGAAUCUCCACCUUUAAUAACAUGUAAACAAAGAGAAUCAAGAAAAAUAUCUAGUUCGUCAUAUCAUGAACACUUCCAUCAUUCAACUGCUACUGCUGCUGAACAGGCAGCUAAUGUUGGUGACGUCGGGCAAUCACGUGACGGGGAUUUAUUGAGAGAAUUGCCACAUUUUGAUAUUCCACGCAUGUCAUCAAGUAGAUCGAGAGAAGUUGAAAUAAGCAGACCAUGUUUGUUGUCUCGAUUAGGCGACCCUUGCAUGUCAUCGGCUUCAUCUACGGAGACAUCUUCGUCACAAAGCCUUUCAUCGCGAUAUAAUCAUUCGUCAGAUUCUCCAACCGAGUCAAUGAUGGCUUCGAGAAGUGAUGUCAUGAARCCCCAGACGCUAUCAUCACGGUUCAGUAAUCAAUCACCUCGUGUUCCCAUGGCAACUAUAUCAAGUAGUGGUGACGUCAACAUGCGUCAAACUUUGUCGUCACGUUUUAGUGAUCCCUCAGUUUCACCUGUAGUUUCCACGGCAACUGCGACGUCGAGCAAACCACGCCUUAUCGAGUUCAAAUCGAAAAGUAACGAACUGGUAGCCAAUGUUGUUCCUGAUCGACAAAAACUUCCAACGCUCCCUUCGCUGGCAUCAAAUUCUACACUCCCGACCCUCCCACGGUUGAAAUCGUUUAAACCCAGCGAUAGUCAAUCGUCAUCACGUCCUAAGCUAAAAGGACUAUCAACAUCAAGAGAUAAAMAGACUUUCGACGGUUACCCUAAACCUGAUAGCAGCUAUCGACAGAACCUUGCUAUAAUUGAUAUGCUGAGGGCUAAAAAAUCGACUUUAAAGGCAGAAAUAAAAAAAGAUGAUGUGACACCUGUCACUCAMGCCCGUCAGACAUCAACUGAGGGUUAUUCAAAACUACCGCCGUCUUUCACCCAAACAGAACUCAACCAUACGCAUAGCGAUGCGAAUUUCCAUCGACCAAAAUUAUCUUCUUUGCUGUGUCAAUCUUCACGAAAAAGCUGUCUUCCUGUGGCUAUUGUUAGACCAAGAACAGCCGACUGCGAAAGUGAAGUCUCUUUAAAGGCUGAAGCCAAGCGCGAGCUCGGGACAUCAACAGGUUCUGCUGGGAUUUCGAACGUCAGUUCACGUGGAGGUGCUAGUAUUUCUUCUGAUGACGAUGAAAGACUUCAUAAUCGACGGAAGGUCAAUGAAUCGAGUCAGGAUGUGAACUACCUGCGUAUUGCUGAUUUGGUUAAAAAGUACGUCAAGAAAUACAAAGGACUUCGAAUACAGAGCGGGCAAAUAAUGACGUCAGAAUGA